CUUCUCUCGCUCUACUCCUUCAUAACUCGCCCAAUCCGCUCAUUCUCUUUUUAUGAUUUCUUCGGUCGCGUUUGAAUUUUGUUACAUCUUUUUUUAAAUUUUUCGUUUUUCUAAACCCCGAUAUACAUACAUACAGCAGUGGAUCAUUGUUGACAGAAAAUCAUGUUUAGAUCCUUGAUCUGAUUGACAAUUUCUAGGCCCACUGUUUGUGUUUUCAUGUGAAGGGUCAACGGAUUUACACAACCGAUAGACACUAAGUUUCUAUACGUCUAUACAUCCAUUACAAAUUGUUAUUUUCGCACGUUGUUCUCCUGAUAAAAAAAAUGCCUUCUGCAGCUAAAAUAUUUUAUUUGGCUGUGUUUGCCUUCUUGAGGCUCACCAAUGCCGAGUAUCAACAUCAUGACCAGAAUACAUGCGCCAUCGACCCUAAAGCCACAGUCUCCGACGCUUGCGUCUCCUACAGCAGCAUUGAUUCGUUGAACGACAAAGUCUACCCUCUCCUCCAAUCCAUAACCCAAGAUACCGACUUCUUCUCAUAUUAUCGGCUCAAUCUCUUCAACAAAGUCUGCCCCUUCUGGUCAGACGAGAAUAGCAUGUGUGGGAACAUUGCAUGCUCCGUUACUACCAUCGAGUCGGAAGAGGAUAUCCCGCUACCCUGGCGUGCAGAGGAGCUAAGUAAGCUUGAGGGCCCGAAAGCUGAUCAUCCUGGGCCCGGGGUCCGGAAGGAGCGGCCUGGGGAUCGACCACUCCAGGGUAUGCUAGGAGAAGAUGUCGGAGAAAGUUGUGUGGUCGAGUACGACGAUGAGUGCGAUCAGCGAGACUAUUGCGUUCCGGAGGACGAAGGGGCGAGCGCCAAAGGCGACUAUGUCAGUUUGCUCGAUAACCCGGAGCGAUUUACGGGAUAUGCAGGAAUGGGAGCCCACCAGGUGUGGAACGCAAUUUACCGUGAGAACUGCUUCUUGAAGUCGACGCCGGAACAAUUAGAACUGUCUCCGAAUCCUCAAUUUGGAGAACUUCAGGCUGCCAAUGACUUGCGCAAUGUCCUCCAGAAAGAGCUGAAGCGCACGGAGGGAUUGCCGCUGGACAACGAGUGCCUCGAGAAGCGGGUCUUCCACCGGGUUAUCAGCGGGAUGCAUGCAUCUAUUUCGACCCACCUUUGCUGGGACUAUUUCAACCAGUCCACCGGCCAAUGGAACCCGAACUUGCAAUGCUUCAAGGAAAGAUUGCAUGACCAUCCGGAGCGCAUCUCGAACUUGUACUUCAACUAUGCCUUGGUGUCCCGCGCCGUCGCGAAAUUACGGAAGCACCUUGAGGGCUACACAUAUUGCACCAGCGAUCCCGUCCAGGAUGCAGACACCAAGGAGAAAGUCUCCCUUUUGACUUCGGCUCUCGCGAACCGGCCACAGAUUUUCGAUGAGAACUUGAUGUUCCAGGAUCCAAGUGCCAUCGGCCUGAAGGAAGACUUCCGCAACCGUUUCAGAAACGUGAGCCGCUUGAUGGACUGUGUUGGAUGCGAUAAGUGCCGACUAUGGGGGAAACUGCAGGUUAACGGAUACGGCACCGCCUUGAAGGUCCUGUUUGAGUAUGAUGAGACCAAGAAUGGAGAGAAUCCUCCUUUGCGCAGGACAGAACUUGUGGCUUUGGUCAACACUCUAGGUCGCAUCUCUCACAGCGUGGCGGCUAUCAAGAGUUUCCAUCGUGCUAUGGAUGUGCAAGAUGGAGAGACUCUUACAAUUCCCGCCGACGUGUCGUCUGUAAAGAACCCCGAGGGCAAGACAACAAGACGUCUUAUCAAGGAUGGUGGUACGACUUUCUACUAUGAAAAUGACGAGGACGAUUUUCAGUAUCUCACCGAAAAACUACCAUGGGAGCGGGGGCCACGAGGCGAGAAUGAUGGCUUCUUAGACGAACUCCGUGCCGAGUUUGAGGUUUUUUGGAAUACAUUCGUCUACGUCUUAAGGAGCUGGGCCAAUAUUCCCAAGACUCUAUCUGAAAUUACUGUUCUAGAGCUCAACCGGCUGUGGAGUUAUUGGCUGGGACUUCCCGUGCCACCACGGACGUGGAGGAUCAAACGGCCAAUGGAGCCGGAGAUGCAGAGCCGCGAUGAGCUAUGAUCAGGGGUGUUUUACAACAUAUACAUUUGGUGAUCAGGUUGUUUGUGAAUCAUUUGACUGUACAAUAACAGAGGAUCUCUUCAUUGGCGUUUCUUAGGCGUUGUUUAACAACCAGCGGAUGCACAUCUUUGGAGUUCAGGGUGUAUAUCAUAUGGGUGUGUGAGCAGCUUUGGAUGCUCAAGCUUUAUUCACCGAGAAUCCAAGCUUGGAUGAAUGAAUUUCUUUUGAAUAUUAA